AAUUUCAUGUGAUUAGGUUUAAUACUUUUUGAGUUAUGCGAAUAACACACAUACAAAUAAAUAAAUACACAGCGAUCACAACAUAACCUUCCACAGAAUGCGACGGUAAAUAUACGUUCCCGAAAAAUGUAUGAAUCAAAACACAUUGCCACCUGUUCCUCUAACGACACCUGAGCCUCGCGCUCAACUGGUUACGUCGGCCUCUGAGCUGACGGGGGCCCUGCGCCCCCUGGUGGAGGGAGGGCCAACAAAACAACAACAAACAAAAUGGCGUACAGUGAAAGCGCCGCAGUGUUUAGAAAAAAAGACCCAUGUACAAAGAAAUGCCCGGCGGUGCUUACGUCAUAACGACCACUACGGAAGCCGUGUGGGAUGUUUACUCGUAUGAGACGAACUCUGCUGCUUCAGUGGGAAUAAAGUGUCAACAUGUUCCAUGUCACGUGAACGCUGCAUUAUGCCAUCCGUUUGUGUGACGUAGCCAGAAGUUGAAUUCCCAAAUAAGGACUAGUGGGCGGGGCCAUCUUAAUAGUGAACGUGUGACCUUUCUAAUGGUGCAUUCACGGGCUUCUCGUGAAGACCCACAUCAACGCAUUGUUUGGUCCGUAUUGGUAACUGAACGCAUCCCUUAGCGUUCAUGUCGUAGUUUUGGGAUGUUUUUCAUACGUCAUGUAGCACGUGACUGCUGCCACAGUGGCGCCAUGAACAGGAUUAAGUGCGCGUGCAGCAUAACGAUUGCUUGAACUCACAGACUAAACUGAGCACACAUCACGUGAUGCUCAUCCCAGUCCCUCGCGCUGUCUCUUGAUCCCGUUCGCGCGAGCGCUUUGAUUAAUUCCAACCGGACGUGAAGGCACCACAGCCGCGGCUCAUCCAGCAGGUCGUGACAGCCCUUCGUCCCGAGGACAGGACCGUGUUUUGAGACGUGUGUCGCGCGCGCGUGUCCGUGUCCUCGCGCCAUGCUCAACCCGCAGAGGUCCCUGUCCGAGCUGCCCAAGAUGUCCGCGGCCAGCCAGGUGGAGAGGGCCGUGCUGGAGGAGGAAUUCAACUGGCUGCUGAGGGAAGAGGUUCACUCGGUGCUGAAGCAGCUGCAAGACGUCCUGAAGCGAUGCAGUGACGUAGUGAUCCUGUGCCGACAGGAGGCCUCCAGGCGGUUCUCCACGCCGACGCCGGGCCUGGAGAGCCAGCAGAAGCAGGAGAACUUCAUCCUGGGCAGCUCAACCAUGGACCAGGUGAAGGGGGUGCUGACUCUGCAGGGAGAGGCUCUGACUCAGGCCGACAUCAACCUGAAGGUUGCCAAGAGCAACCAAGUGAUGCACUUCCAGUUCAGAGAGGACAAGAUGUGGAAGCUGCAGCAGAUUCAGGACGCCAGGAACCACGUGACUCAGGCCCUGCAGCUGCUGGGCAGCCACAACGAGAGCUACCACUUCAAGACGGGGGCCGAGGUCAACAAGCUCAUGGAUGCUGUGAUGCUGCAGCUGACCAGAGCACGGAACCGUCUCACCACGCCGGCCUCCAUGACGCUGCCGGAGCUGGCCACCAGCGGACUCAUGAAGAUGUUCACUCCGCCCAUGCCUGGAGACGUGAUGGUGAACUUCUACAUCAACCUGAGCAAGCUGUGCCUGACUGUGUACCAGCUCCACGUGCUGCCCUCCAACACCACCAAGAGCUUCCGUCCCGCUGGAGGCUCCGUGCUGCACCACCCAGGCUCCAUGUUCGAGCUCAACAACAACCGCUUCGAGGUGAGCCACGUCCACAAGGUGGAGUGCGUGGUGCCGUGGCUCAGCGACACGCUGGUGUUCUUCACCAUCUCCCUGCAGCUCUGCCAGCAGCUCAAGGACAAGAUAUCCGUGUUCUCCAGUUUCUGGAACUACCGGCCCUUCUGAUCCACUUCCGGUCCAGAGACCAGCAGACCGCCGAGUGGGCGGGACUUCCUGGAGGGUUCGACUAGUGUCACGUGUGUUCACCCCGUCUCAAGUGUUGCAUCAUCAGCUGAUCAGACUCUAUGAGCUGAUUCAUCAUCAUGUAUUUAGUAAUUGUCUCAAAGCAGAGCCUCAGUACUGAGUGCAUGGUCAUCAUGUCGUGUGUGUGUGUUGACUCAGAGGUCACAGGGGUCAGUUCCUCCCCCCGUGAGUCCCGGACCGUCACGGUCACAUGACGUAAACGUCCCAGACGCUCUGACUGCUCAAAGACUGGUUCACACAUUCUAGAAUGCUCUCUUGGUCCCUAGUCCUGGUCCCUAGUCCUGGUCCUGGUCCCUGUCCCUAGUCCUGGUCUUAGUCCGGUCACCAUCUGAACAGGUUUGUUUGGGUGGUCCCUAGACCCCCCAGGAGGGACCUGGAGUCGGCACUAGACCACUUGUCUUGUGUCUGGCUCGUUGCGGUCUGUUAGAACCAGGAAGUGGUUCUGGACCUCGACCAGGACUCAGGAUCCCCAUACAGUCCACUUGGGUUUACAUGCCACUGAACACGUGUUGUCAUGUUUUACGCUCUCUGUUAUUUAAAACUCCUCCUCCCCCCCCCCCCCAUGAAGGCUCCGUGAACAUGGAGGUCUGGUUUGUCCCCUCAGGGCCACCGUAGGGGGACCAGCAGAGGCCUGCUCCCUGUAGAGAAGGACUCCUUCAUAGAUGAUUACUGAGCAUGUAGAUGAUAGCAGAGCUACACUCUGACCCCCUGAGUUUCCAUCGUGACCUCUGGCCUCCAGGAGCACGAGGGUGGACGUUGGAUCUGCUGCUCUAUUGUUUUAUUGUCUAUUGUUUAUUGGUGACUGCAUGGGUCAUGUGACUGACCAUAAGUCUGCUCCCUCGUUAUAUUUAUUUGACUCGUUUUGCACAUGUUGUUGAUUCCGUGAACAGAAGAUCAAAGGACUUUAUUCCAGUAAGUGUUACGCUGCCUCGUAUUUAAAUGAUGUGUCUGAUUUCAAUAAACAAACUGUCAACAACA